AUGAAGUAUACGAUGAUUUACAAAUGUAUCUUGCAUGCUUCUAAUAGUAUCAAGUAUUUACCACUGGCCACCAUCCAAGUUCAAUGGCUUGAUUUCCAAAGACACGGUUGUAUCUGGUUUCUGAGGAGGAAUGAGAGUAAGAGGUGGGAUAGUCUGAGCAAGAAAAAUCUUAAGUCUAUGUAUCUAUUAUGGAUUUAUAAUAGUCGAAAGGGAUCAACAAAAAAAAGGGGAAUUGAAGAGACAGAAAAGAAUAUAGAACACGCUCCUUCUUGCACUGAUAUUACAAGUACCAUGACAUUAGGUCUUUAA